CAGCCCAGCCGGCCGGGAGGGAUGCGCGGUGCCGCCCAGCUGCCCUCCGCCCUGCCCAUGCCCUGAAGCAGAAAGUUUGGGGUGCGGGGGCUGGCUACCUCCUCCCGCUGCAAUGACUGCCCAAGGACUCCCGCUGCCCAGCGUCCACUGUGACCCAUCUUCGCGCCCCAGGUCGUAAUGAACUAUUGCAAGCUGUAACCAAGGCUCGCCUCCUCGCCCCUCCCUUGCCCACCUUUAAACGGCUUCUUUUUUAAUUCAAGCAAUCGUGGUCCGCUGACUCCCCUCCAAGUUAAUAAUUUAGACCCCGGGCCUCGUUUCUCAGAGUAAGAGGGUGUGCGGUCUCCCCCAAGACGGCGCGCUGGAAGGACAGAUUCCCCUUGUCGACCCACUUAGACCAUGAAGAGGUGCAAAUCGGACGAGCUGCAGCAACAGCAGGGUGAGGAGGAUGGACCUGGGCUGGAAGAUGCCGUUUGCCACCUGCCGGGCGCGGACCUCCGGCCUGGGGAGGCCGCGGGUGCUAACUCUGCAGGCGGGCCAACUUCAGAUGCGGGCGCCGCGGCGGCGCCCAACCCGGGGCCCCGAAGCAAGCCUCCUGAUUUAAAGAAAAUCCAGCAGCUGUCAGAGGGCUCCAUGUUUGGCCACGGCCUGAAGCACCUGUUCCACAGCCGCCGCAGGUCGCGGGAGCGGGAGCACCAGGCGUCGCAGGACCCCCAGCAGCCCCAUCAGCAGGGCAUGUCGGACCACGACUCCGCGGACGAGAAGGAGCGCUCGCCGGAGAUGCACCGCGUCUCCUACGCCGUGUCGCUGCACGACCUGCCGGCCCGGCCCACCGCCUUCAACCGCGUGCUGCAGCAAAUCCGCGCCCGGCCCUCCAUCAAGCGGGGCGCCAGCCUGCACAGCAGCGCUGGCGGCAGCCGGCGCACCAAGAGCAGCUCCCUGGAGCCCCAGCGUGGCAGUCCCCACCUGCUCCGCAAGGCCCCCCAGGACAGCAGCCUGGCCGCCAUCCUGCACCAGCACCAGUGCCGUCCACGCUCCUCGUCCACGACCGACACAGCCCAGCUGCUGGCUGAAGGAGGCAACGUUUACCUCUUGGCGGAGGAGGCCGAGGGCGUCGGUGACAAGGUUGACAAGGGAGACCUCGUGACCCUGAACCUCUCCGGCAGCUCUGGCCAUGGUGACUCCGAUGGCCCGGUCAGCCUGGAUGUGCCGGAGGGGGCUCCGGACCCCCAGCGGACCAAGGCUGCCAUCGACCACCUGCACCAGAAGAUCCUGAAGAUCACGGAGCAGAUCAAGAUCGAGCAGGAGGCGCGCGAUGACAACGUGGCGGAGUACCUGAAGCUGGCCAACAAUGCGGACAAGCAGCAGGUGUCCCGCAUCAAGCAGGUGUUCGAGAAGAAGAACCAGAAGUCGGCCCAGACCAUCGCCCAGCUGCACAAGAAGCUGGAGCACUACCGCCGGCGGCUGAAGGAGAUCGAGCAGAACGGGCCCUCGCGGCAGCCCAAGGACGUGCUUAGGGACAUGCAGCAGGGGCUGAAGGAUGUGGGCGCCAACGUGCGGGCUGGCAUCAGCGGCUUUGGGGGCGGCGUGGUGGAGGGCGUGAAGGGCAGCCUCUCGGGCCUCUCACAGGCCACCCACACGGCCGUGGUGUCCAAGCCUCGCGAGUUUGCCAGCCUCAUCCGCAACAAGUUCGGCAGUGCCGACAACAUCGCCCACCUGAAGGACCCGCUGGAGGAUGGACCCCCCGAGGAGACGGCCCGGGCGCUGAGCGGCAGCGCCACGCUCGUGUCCAGCCCCAAGUACGGCAGUGACGACGAGUGUUCCAGCGCCAGUGCUAGCUCCGCCGGCGCCGGCAGCAACUCCGGGGCGGGGCCCGCCGGGGCGCUGGGGAGCCCCAAGUCGAACACACUGUAUGGGGCCCCGGGCAACCUGGAUGCUCUGCUGGAGGAGCUGCGGGAGAUCAAGGAGGGCCAGUCCCACCUGGAGGACUCCAUGGAGGACCUGAAGGCGCAGCUGCAGCGGGACUACACCUACAUGACGCAGUGUCUGCAGGAGGAGCGCUACAGGUACGAGCGGCUGGAGGAACAGCUCAAUGACCUGACCGAGCUCCACCAGAAUGAGAUGACCAACCUGAAGCAGGAGCUGGCCAGCAUGGAGGAGAAGGUGGCCUACCAGUCCUACGAGAGAGCCCGGGACAUCCAGGAGGCCGUGGAGUCCUGCCUGACUCGGGUCACCAAGCUGGAGCUGCAGCAGCAGCAGCAGCAGGUGGUACAGCUGGAGGGCGUAGAGAAUGCCAACGCGCGGGCACUGCUGGGCAAGUUCAUCAACGUGAUCCUGGCGCUCAUGGCCGUGCUGCUGGUGUUCGUGUCCACCAUCGCCAACUUCAUCACACCCCUCAUGAAGACCCGCCUGCGCAUCACCAGCACCGCCCUCCUGGUCCUCGUCCUCUUCCUGCUCUGGAAGCACUGGGACUCCCUCACCUACCUCCUGGAGCACGUGCUGCUGCCCAGCUGAGUGGCCAGCUCGCCCUUUCCCUGUGCUCUCUGGGCCCCCAGCUGGCCAGGCUUCUCCACAGGGGACCUGGGACUCUUGAGUCCCUCAGGCUUCUUCGUGUGUCCAGUUUGGCCUCCUGCCCAGUGUCUGUCCAACAGCACCUGCCCCUUGUCCGUUCUUCCUCCUGUUGGCCUCAGGAAGCCUUGGAGGCAGCCCCAGGUGGAGACCGUAGGGACAUCCGUGAGCACGUGCGGCGGAGGCGGACACGGGGACGGGCUGCUCUGAUAAUUUGCUGUCACACAAGGACUUCUGGCUGACUCUGGCUGUCCAGUCAGGAUGGCCAGCGGGUGUGAGAGCAGGAGGGGGCCAUGCCUUGGCCUCCCAGGGAAGAGCCCACCCUGCAGGCAGCUCUGGUCCCCUCCUGGACAUGGUCAGGGUGAAGGCAAGAGUGAGGUGGAGAUUGCGGGCCCCAGAGAGUGCAGGGGAGAGAGCAAAGGGCCCCCCGCCCAGCCUCUGGGGCAUCUUCCAGGCCAGAGCUAGCCCCUUGCCACCAGAGCUGUCCGAGACUGGAUUCUGGGCUGGGACCUUCUGGGGUCUGAAAGACUCAGGCCCUGCAGGCCAGCUGGCUGUGGCUUUGGACUUGCGUUUCCCCGUUAUUUUUUUCCGCCUGUCACUGAAUCUGCUACUUUCAGGGAAACAGGCCCCAGGGGCCCCGAGCCUCAACCUAAGUCCUUAGGCCUCUGGGAGCACGUUGGGUUCUAUUUAUUUAUUUAUUUAUUUGUUCUUCUGUACCUUCCCCACAUCUUCCCUGCCCAGCUCCAGGGAGCCCUUCCUCUUUCUGAAGCCAGGGCUGCUUGACUGUCGGGCACUUCUGUGUACCAUUUAGCCUCUGCAUAAUCCUAGGACUGGCAGGGCAAAGGCGGGCCCCACAGCCCAGCCUCCCCCCUCCUCAGCCCCAGCCAGCCGGGCAGGGAAGUGGGGAGCCCAGCCAGAGUGGGAGGAGCGAAGCCUCUUUUCUACGUCUCUUGAUUUUGUACGUAGCGUGCGUUUGUGUGAGGAGGCUGUUUGUUGCUUUAUUCUUUAAGGCUCUGGGGGUGUUGUGUAUGGUUUCUCUUAACACCCCGGCCUUCCCACCGGCACUUCCAGAAGAGAGGGGAUUUCUCUGAAAAGCAGAGAGAGGUCCGCUCCUUAGAGCAGGGGAGGGCAGGGCCUGCCAGCUGUCGUGGACCUUCCCGAGAAAUAAAUAUUC